AUGUCUCCAUUCAAGCACAAGGCCAAAAUUACUUUCAUCGCCCUUUCCCUUACCGCCGCGGGCUUCAGCACUUACACUCCUCCUUCUGAUGUCCCUCCCGAUGCCGAGAGCCCUCCGUCUCCCUCCAACCUUGCUGUUGAGACAGGACCUACUACUUUUCGGACAAUCAAGCUUGCGAUCAAGGACAUGUCCUCAGACAUGAUUAAAAAGAGUGAUACUGAGGUCACGAAGAACAAGGUCGAGCUUGAAGGAGAUAUCUUUGCUACAGACUAUACAACUCAACACUCCGGCCUUUCUGAGCUCCUGGGAAGCCUCAUAACCGGCAACUCAAAGACAACCAGUGCAGCUCAACCUUACCUUGCUCCGACGGCAGUGUCACUUUCCGAUCUGCUAUCACCAUUUUCCGACGAUGCUGUACCAUUGACUUCUUUCCUUCCACCCUCAGACACUUUCGAUCCCUUCAGCAGCCGCACUGCCUCUCCUUCACCCCUAAUCACCCUUCCUGCCCUCCUCCCACGGCAAGGCAACAUGGACCCGCCACCCAAGCCGGGCCAAGCAAAGACCACGAUCACGCGAACUCUUGCUCCUGCAGUGAACAACUUUGCUAUCAACUGCUACGCCUCGCCAGGUAUAACUCAAUCCUGUCAAGAAGACAAUGGGUAUUACUGCGAUAAAUGGGGCUCUCUGAAGUGGUCGAAGUAUGACCAGAUCUGUCACCAGUUCUGUAGCUGUGUGAACAUGAAUCCUAAACCAUUUCCACAAUGUUUCUUGAACUUCAAUGGAGCAUUGGAUUGCAACGUUGUGAAGGGCGCUGGUAGUGGCAAAGUCAAGGUGAAAGGAGAGCAGGUGGUUGAAGUGGUGGAGGCGAGUCCUGCGCCCGUGACAGUCACAGAUACGAGUCUGGAUAUGGUGAACCUGAGUCGACGUUCAUUUGUUGUCUCAGCUUCGACGACAGACACUACCUCGAUGACAGAGCCUGUUUUUACCUUGCCUACAGUGCCAACAACGGCCAUUACCAGCUGCAAUUCAACGUCGACCACAGAUCGCACUUCCAUAUCCCUCACUCCACUGACAUUCAGUGUACCAGAAGAUGAUCCCAUGAUCACCCUUCCCACAGAAGGGCCAAUCAAAUCAACCUCGAUCCGCCUUACAUCUCUAACGUUUACUGCCCCGGAAGACGAUCCAAUAAUCACCCUACCAACGCAAGCAGACACCAAGAUAGUCUCUUCCUCCCUCGUCUCGUUAAGCUUUACUCCGCUAUUAGAUGACCCUAUCAUAAGUCUUCCCAUCCAGACCAUAAUCAAAUUAACUUCUAGUUCGAGCACACUACCCAUCGUUCCUCGUCACCAAGUCACCAAUCCCAGGCCGCCUCCUCCUGUUCCUCCAAUGCGUCCCACCACAACCCUCAUCACCACCAAACUCAUCGCUCCCAAUUCUCCCGCCAUUAACGACUACGCUUUGAACUGCUACGGCUCUCGACGCCUCGCAGAUCUUUGCCAGAACAAUUCAGGCUAUUAUUGUGAUAAGUGGGGAAACGUGAAACGCAGACAGGCGAUUGCAGAGUGUGAUGAGAUUUGUUAUUGCGCCAGCAUGAACCCCAAACCUCGACCGAAAACACCAUUGGGGGGCAAAGUCUAUGGAGAUUUGAGUUGCACCAAUGCUAAGCAUGACGAGGUGAAGAAGGUCAAGGCUGGUGUAUCAGAGUCACUUCUGAAAGCAGAGGCAGGCGAGCGUGACACAACGACUGCUGCAGAUGUAGAUGCUGCCAUGCCCGAAACAGGCCAAGUUUCUGAUAGCGAAACCGCUGGUGCUGUCUAA